CGUCUCAGCCUUCCAAGUUCCGCGAGCAGCUGUACGAAGCACAAUAAUCCAUCAUGCGAAUUCACCAGUACCUGGUAUUCAGGUCAACGAAACAUGAGUAGCAAAGGAUACAAUAUGAACUACCGCCGCCCCCAUUCCCCAGUCCUACAUGCUGUCGAUUCCGUCUAUAACUUGCCCAACUUCGCCUCUUGCGAACUGAAGCCCACCAAAUCUUUUUCCAAAGCCUGCUCAUCUGUGAUCUGGCUCGCUGUAUUUUGUCCCUCAUUCAUCAGGCAUCUAAUCUUAGCGCUGGCUAGGUACUGCAUGGUGAGCCUGCAUCAAGUUGCAGCAGCGCCCGUCGCUCUAGCGCGCUCUACGUGGGAUGCGCCGACAAGACCUGGAGUUACACCGGUAAUACGGUAGUCAUGAGAGAUGGGGCUAUCCGUGCCCUUGGAAAUUUGGAAACCUCAAUCUCAUGUGGUCAACAUGUCUUCUGUGAACGACCACCUGCCCACGUAGGCACACAAAACCGGAAUCACACAGCAUCAGGUAGUUCUACAAGUCUUGUGCGAAGGAUUGCUUCCGCAUCUUGUCUCAGCCCUGUAUCGGCGGCCCGGCGAAGGUGCCGACAGGAGCUGCAGAUCCACCAUCCGUCGCCAUUCUUGAACAUGGAGAUACUGGACAUACACCUGGCACGAUCGCAAAUAAGCGGUGCGAGCACACCCUCAGGCAUAAGCGCAGUGACCAGCUAUAGCACAGAAGCCCUGCAACGCACUGCUUCGGAACAAAUCUCACAAAGCGUACUCGAAAACCCCUUCGAGCUCCGAUAUGGACGGCGUUAUCUGCGCAGCGAUAUGUCUUAUCCUUUUCCUUGCGACCUGGCAGAACUCCAGAGACAGAGUUUGCGAACAUUGCUUGGAAUUCAAGUGUUUGGAGGACCAUUUUGCAAUCCCAAGUUCAAGGAAAAGCCCCCCAAAAAAGUUCUUGAGUUUGGAUGUGGCACAGCAUUCUGGAGUGCCAUGUGCCACGACCACUUCGUUGCUCGUGGACAUAAACAUAUCCACUUUGUCGGCACAGAUAUCGCGCCGCUCGCACCAAACCUGCAACGGCAGGGCAUGAAUUGGACAUUCUUCCAGCUCGACAUGCGACGAAUACCAAUGCCUUUCAAAGACAAAGAAUUCGACCUUAUCGUCUUCAAGGACCUCAGCUUGGUGAUGCCCUUGGAAGCGAGGUCAGAGGAGAUUCUAGGCGAAGCGAUUCGUAUCCUCAAGCCAGGUGGGUGCAUCGAAGUUUUGGAGACGGACCAUGUCAUACGAUUUCUCGCCAGCCGCCCACCUUCUCGGUCCAGCAAGCCUGAUGAGCAAGAAAACGCGGUUCGCACGGCAACAUUCCCCAUUCCCAUAGGCCACCCUUUCGCUCCAGCGCAGAACAAAUACCUCCAAAAAGCGAACAAGUGGAUUGAAGAAUCCUUGCACAGACGUCGACUGAAUCCAUCACCUACAUCUCGCAUAGCAGAGAUGCUUACGCAAGGGCCCGAUCUCAAGAAUGUAGGCUACCGCCGAAUCGCUGUACCUCUCGGAGAACUCCAAUGGGAAAGGGACGCUCGACAUACGAAUCCAAAUAGUGGUGAGCAUGAAUCGACCUCGUCUAUUGGCUCGUGCAACACCACUCCAAUAGCCGGUAGCGGUCAGAACUUGACACCGGAUCAAUUAGCGCUUAGACAGACUGCGUUGAUGACUGUCUUGGGCCAGAUCGAGAGUAUGGAGCCCAUGUUGAAAGAAGCCAGCGGUAAGAACAGCGAAGAGUGGUCGCUGUGGUGGGCAGCCAUGAUGACAGACUUGCUAGAUCCAGCUAAUGGCGGUCUGGUCGGAGAGUGCCUGGAGAUGGGUGCGUGGUGGGCCACCAAAGCUGGUAACCCUGAUGAGCUUGAUGAAGGUGCGGUUGAUAAAAGCGACGGGUAGGCGGAUUUUAGGGUCAAGAUCCGCCGUAUUGCUUUCCUUGCUUUAGAGCCCUAUACCUUUUGAGGUAAUAUAGUGCCUCUAUUUUCAGCUUGCGCUAUGCCCUUUCUGAUUUGCUCUUCGUCCUGAAUUGAGGCCUUGGACAUGAACGCUUUGUGAAGUCGCGGGCGGAAGUAGUCGAAGCCGAGAGGGUAUUCGCGUCCUAGAUACAACAACUCUUUAUAGAUCCGAAUAACAUCGUGUCGAAGAGCAUUUGAAGCCAUGGCUAUAGAGGUAUGGAUGUUGCGCAGUUGGAAGAGUUCAGUAUGUAGGUGUCAGAAU